UAUUGUGUGUUUCGGUGUACUGCUGAGCGCUGUAGCACAGCUGUGUUAUCAGGAUGCAGUAUCAUGGUACAUGAAGCACAUGGUAUGGAACGUUGCUGCUGUAUACUAUGUGUGAAUAGGCCCUAAGAGUUUCAACCUAAAAAGUAAUGUUACACCCCAGUCAAAUCAAGCCUGACCAGGGGCGGACUGACCAUUUGGAAACUCAGGCACUGCCCGAGGGCCCGGGGUCAGUAGGGGGCCCCAUGAGAUGCCCCAGGUACCUUUUUCAUAGGAUUUUUUGAGUUUGGCCAAGGCCACAGGGGCCCCAUGAUCCCCUAUUGCCCGGGGGCCCCAUGA